GUUUGAAAUCUGAAAAAUACAGAACGCUUCGUUGUCAAUAGCAACAAGUGUAGGGGAGAUAACUUUGACAUCGACUGAGAAAAAAACCGUUACAGUUAACAGUUGAAUAAGACGAAGCUAGUUAUGGCUUGUAGUCAAAAAUCACAACCUGGUCGUCAGCUUCAGAUCGUUAUUUGGGCAGACUUGGGCCCAAAGCAAUCUGCAAUGCUUAAGAAUGCUGAAAAACUGAAUGAUGUAAAAAAUAUCCUUGCUGAAAUUUUCAAUCUCUGUAAUUCCUCCGAACAACACAAAGAAAAAAUUCUACUCAACCUUUACACAUAUGCUGUGCAAUUUGCUAGAGAAGAACAGUUCACAGUUGAACAGUUGUCUGCCCAUUUUUCCAUUGUAAAACUUGUUCAUGAAGCUUGUGUGGAAAGCCCUUUUGGCAACAUGGAAAAAACAUUUACCUAUUUCAAAGACCUUCUCAUAUGUCACAGUGUUUGCCGUCCACCAUACAGCACUGAACUGUUUUCAAUAAAGGAUGUUAGGAAAAUAGCCUGUUAUAUGACAAAUACAUAUUUUAGACACUUUAAACUCUACAAGUAUGUAUUCACUUCCCAGGUGCGGCUUGAUUUAGUUUUGAGCUAUAUUGGAGAGCCUGAUUCCACUACAAACCAAGAAACAGAUUUUGAUCCUGAAAAGGAGAGGAAGAACAUGAAAUCUAGAAAUUCAGAUUUUGUUUCAGGAGAUGAAAACAUUGAACAAAAGGAGUUGGAAAAGAUUGCUGAAAAAGAGGAAGCUAAGAAACACUUGAGAAAGCUGAUCACAGAAUUUUUACAACAAAAAAUCAAUGAAUUGAAAUUGGCAGUGGCUGAAAAGUUGGAAGAAUCUGAGAAGAUAGUGAAUAAUAAACUGGAAGAUGCUGGAUACCGUGACUAUACUAAAAAAAUAUCAAAGAGACUUAGCAAAACUGGGAAAAGACCAUCAACCCUCUGUGAACAUUAGUUAUAUAAUGGAAUUUAAUUUAGAAGGUAGAAGCAUUCUAGUAGUAUAACCUAUAUAAACCUAUAAAAUUAAACAUUUCUUGUUUAGUUUUAUGGUGAAGGUAAAGAAUUAUAAUAGUUUGUUACUUAUAAACAAAUUAGGUAAAAUAUCUGGGAAAAUAUAUGAAGUUCAUGUUGUCCUCAAAGGCAUCAUGCCUAUUAUGAUUAAUUAUUGAAUGUGUUACUAUUGAUUAUUAAAAUCUUAUGUUUUUUAUGCCAUUAGAAACCACCUGCCAUUUCUCUUUCUCUCUAGCUAUUCUUUUAACUUACUACUUAUCUAGAUUCUUUAUAAUACCCUCUUUUCCUUUUUCCACCGCAAUGCUUGUUUUGCUAAACUUCUGUUUUCUUCUUAAAAUAGAACCUAUAUAUUUUUGUCAUUUUUCAAUGAUAAAAGUUGAUAUGAUUUGUCCAGAAACAGCAUUAAUUUUGUUGGUUUAAAUUGUAUUGAUCUUAUAUACUACAGCCAAUGAAGUAUAAUAAUAUUUUUAAACCAAAAGUUUGCAAUUUUGUUUCUUCAGCUGUAAAAUCCCCAUUAAUGUGUAAACUUUUUUUUUUAUAAUCUCAUGUUACUUUUUGUUAACCAAUCACAAAACAAUUUUUCCUCAUGAAUAGAUCCCAAUAAAUUGUUACUUCACUUUA